AUGUCAAAACAAAAUAAUAUGGAAAAUGAAUCAACAUCCAAUAAAGACAAUGUAAAUUCACAAUCUUCUUCAAGCAAACCCAGUAAUAAUAUCGAUGACAUAAAUGAACCACCACCACCUUACAUACCGCGUGAAUCAGAAACAUCAAUGUCCGAUGCAACAAAUAGGCAACAUCCACAAACCUCAACUAACGACAUCAUGUACAAUACAACAGGAGGAGUUUAUAACGCACUUCCUGCAAACACUAAUAAUACUACCACUCCAUUAUCACCUCCAAAUCCUCCACAACCGUCCACAACGGCAAUCGAAUAUGUUCCUGUGAUGAUUGUGAGUAGAGAUCCAUUAACAAUGUACUGUCCACAUUGUCAGCAACAAGUGUUGACUAAAGUAUCGAGAACUCCAGGUGCCCGUGCUUAUUGUUGUUCAGUCUUAAUGUGUUUUGUAUGUUGGCCGUUGUUCUGGGUGCCGUGUGUGAUGAGAGGAUGUCAAGAUGAAUUUCAUCAAUGUUCAAAGUGUGAUCGUGUUUUAGCUGUAAUUGAAGACGAACCAUGA